AACCUAAAGCUGUGUCAGAGAAGUCCGGCAGCUCAGGAGCCAUGGCGUCUUAUUUUGAUGAGCACGACUGCGAGCCGUUGAACCCCGAGCGUGAGGCCCGCAACAAUAUGUUGCUGGAACUCGCGAGAAGAGUGCGCGGGGCUUGGAGCUGGGCCCCGGGCAGCAGAUCACUCUUUAAUAGGAUGGACUUUGAGGACCUGGGGUUGGUGGAUUGGGAACACCACCUUCCCCCACCCGCCGCCAAGGCUGUGGUGGAGAGCCUCCCCAGAACAGUCAUCAGUGGCUCCAAGGCUGAUCUCAAGUGCCCCGUGUGUCUUUUGGAAUUUGAGGAGGAGGAGACUGUCAUUGAGAUGCCCUGCCACCAUCUUUUCCAUUCCAACUGCAUUCUGCCCUGGCUAAGUAAGACAAAUUCCUGCCCUCUGUGCCGCCAUGAGCUGCCCACUGAUGACGACAGUUAUGAAGAGCACAAGAAAGACAAGGCUCGGAGGCAGCAGCAGCAGCACCGCCUGGAGAACCUCCACGGAGCCAUGUACACGUGAGGGGCAGCUAGGGCUGAGAGCUCGGCCUCUGUGAUACCUUCCCUUUGCACUUUGAAUCAUUAAAGGUUUCUUUCCCCGCCCUGCAGCUACACUGCUCACCAGCUGCAGCAGGGGCUCCUGCAUCGGAAUCCUCCACCCUGCUCACCAGUAAGGUGUCAGAUGUCAGAGGUGCCAGGUUGCACUUCCCUCUCCGCCAGCCUCUCUCUACACUCUGGGUGGGGGGGCUCUGGAGCAGCCAGGGCUUGGGUCUAAGUGUUCUUUUAGAAGUCAGACUGUGCCUGGCACUUUGUAGCUAUUUAGAACUGAUAAAUCAACUUGCACCGCCCCCUUCCGGAAAUCUCUAGUUAACCUUGGAACCUUUAGUUAACAUUGGAAUCCUGGGGGUGUUCUACAUUUCCACAGAGAAAACUUUUAACAUUGUAAAAGUUGCUGUCUGUAACCCACCCCUAUAGGCCCCCUUAUCAAGGCAGACUGAGUUGGGGACAGAAGUGAGACUAUAAAGCCAAGCCAGUUCUGCAGCUGUUUAGAGACUCGUCAAGGGGGACAAGCCCUUGUGGAGGUUUCACUAUGUGACCUUGGCUGGCUUGGAACCCACUACAUAGACCAGGCUGGCCUUGAAUUUAGGAGAUCCUUCUGCCUCUGCCUUCCCAGUGCUGGGAUUACUGGUAUGUACACACCCUUAUGAUUAUUCGAAUGGCAUCUGUCACUCUUAGUUUCUGGCAACCUCAAGAAUCUUUCCUGGAGGAAAAAUUCUUUCCAUCCCUACCUACUGGAUUGCAUCCUCCCUGAUCUCCAGAACAGACUGCAAACAUGCAAAUUAGAAUUCUUUUAAUAGAUAUAAAAAAGUACUAAAAUA